AUGGUGUCCUCUAAGAAACCCGAUUUUGUAUUUCUCAUAGAAACCAAGGUUGACCGGGAUCAUGCGGAGCGGCUUCGGGUUAAGCUUGGUUUUGAUGGACUCUUUUGUAUUGAUAGUUCUGGUUUGAGUGGUGGAUUGGCUCUGUUGUGGAGGGCAAAUAAUACAGCGAGAUUGAUAAGUUACUCCACAAACUAUGUGGAUGUUGAAGUGACUAUACCGGGGUUUGAAAAGUGGAGAAUGACUAGAUUUUAUGGCUUUUCACAGAGGGGUCAAAGGAGAGACUCGUGGGACCUUAUUCGAUCUUUAGCUGGCAGGUCAGAUCUACCGUGGGUGAUGAUUGGAGACUUUAAUGAUUUACUAUUUCAAUCUGAGAAGCGAGGUGGAAACCCUCACCCUGAGAGACUGUUGCAUGGUUUCGAUGAGACUAUAGAGGAGUGUGGCCUAGCGCAGAUGCAUAUGAUGGGAUAUCCGUUUACUUGGGAAAAAGGAAAAUGCACACCAAAUUGGAUAGAGGAAAGAUUAGACAAAGUUUUGGCUAGCCAGAGUUGGCGUGAGAACGUGCCGGAUGCUAGUGUGCAAAAUAUUCUAACCCGAAAGUCCGAUCAUUCUGCUCUUUUCCUUGGGAUUCUGAAUCUUCGGGAAAGAACGGGUGGUUUGAGGAGAGGGUUUCGCUUUGAGAUGGCAUGGCUCCACGAUGAAGGAUGUAGAGGUGUGGUGGAGAGGGCAUGGAGUGAAGGUGCAGGAAGGGGGUUGCAGGAGUGUAUCUCUCUUUGUGGAAAUCGUUUGAUGCGUUGGGGAGGUGAACGGUUUCAUAAGUUUGGUGAGCGGUUUAGGAACCUACGGAAGGAGCAACUUCGUCUGAGGGGGUGUAAUGACCCGGCCUCAUUAGCUGAGUUCCAACGGUUGGAGGAGUGCCUGUGUCGUAUUGAAGUCCAGGAGGAUGCAUACUGGAGGCAGAGGGCCAAACAGCAUUGGCUUAAGAACGCGGACGCAAACACGAAGUAUUACCACAGUGGGGAUUGGGUGGAGGGUGAGGCCAUGAGGAAUGUUGUCUACAACUAUUAUAAGACUAUCUUUACCUCCGGCUCUCCAAGUGGUAAUGGGGAAUUCUUUGGAAGUAUAGCCUCUCGUGUAACGCACGUGCAGAAUCUGUCGCUCCUGCGGCCUUUUGAUGUUAGUGAGCAUUUUUGGGAUGUAGUGGGUGGUGAUGUAUCGGACCAUAUUGUGAAUUGUCUUAAUACCCACUCGUUUCCUGCUCGUCUGAAUGAUACGAAUAUAAUAUUAAUCCCCAAGAAGAAAUCCCCUGAGUUGGUCUCGGAUUAUAGACCAAUAGCACUGAGUAAUGUGGUAUACAGGAUUAUGGCCAAGGUUAUAGCUGCCAGGAUGAAACCACUUAUGGGGGAAAUUAUAUCAGACACCCAGAGUGCUUUUAUAUCUGACAGGUUAAUAACAGAUAAUAUUUUGAUUGCUGCUGAAGUUAGGCAUUAUCUGAACAGAAAGCAAUGUGGAAUCACAGGAUGGGGGGCUUUGAAACUGGAUAUGGCGAAAGCCUAUGAUCGGGUGGAGUGGCCCUUCUUGCGUAGUAUGAUGAUAGCUUUGGGCUUUGAUGAGAGGUGGGUGGAACUGAUAAUGCUAUGUGUAACCUCAGUUUCGUAUAGUAUACAGGUUGGUGGGACGCGAAGUGAGCAGAUCACGCCGACUCGUGGAUUGAGGCAGGGUGAUCCACUGUCACCUUAUCUCUUUAUUAUUUGUGCUGAGGGUCUUUCAUUGCUACUACAACAGGCACAGUUGAGGGGAGAUCUACAUGGAGCAACUGCGCAGGAGGCCUGGGUGGUUAAACAAUGUUUGUCGCUGUAUGAGGAAAUGUCCGGGCAAGCAGUGAAUUACUAUAAGUCAAGUAUUUGCUAUAGUAAGAACACGCGGGAUGAACACAGAGAGGAGAUUGCCGGUAUCUUGGGAGUGGUGCAGGCUCCGAAUUUUGGAAAGUAUUUGGGACUUCCAUCGUUUGUGGGCAGGAAUAGGAGAGCAGUUUUCUCAUAUAUUGAUGAUAAGAUUAGGCAGCGUAUUGGGUCAUGGAAUAAGAAGUUACUUUCACAGGCGGCUGUUGAGAGAUCUAUGAAUCGAUACUGGUGGAGAUCUAAAGAUGACCAGGGCAUCCAUUGGAAGGCCUGGCGAUUGCUCACCAAACCUGAAUCGUUGGUUUCCAGAAUAUUUAAGGCCAGAUACUAUCCUAAGGGGACAUUCUUUGAUGCUUGUAUAGGGAAUAACCCAAGUUUCUGCUGGCGUAGUAUUAUGGCUGCCCAGGAGUUAAUUCGUGGAGGAGUUAGGCGCAGGAUUGGGGAUGGGAAAACAACUCUUGUAUGGGAUCAUCCAUGGCUACAGGAUGAAACUAACGCGAAAGUAAUGACUGAGAAACCACCAUACUUGGCUCAGGCAACUGUUAUGGGGUUAAUAGAUCAGGAAACGACGACAUGGGAUCAUGAUAUUUUAACAGAUAUUUUCGAUCCGGAGGAUGUGGCACGAAUAUUGAAAAUACCUGUGGCACCGGAUUAUGAGGAUAUGUGGUAUUGGUAUGGUGAUAUAACGGGAGAGUACUCGGUUAAAAGUGGAUAUAGACAAAUAGUGGGGAAUUAUGUUCAAACGACAGGGAUGUUUGAUAAAUGGCCCAAAUUGUGGAAGCUCAAAGUACCCCCGAGAUGGAAAGCAUUCUUAUGGAGAGCCUUGAAUGAUAUACUACCCACAACAAGGAACCUCAUUAUAAAGAGAGUGGAGAUUAGCCCAACAUGUGCUAUGUGUGGGGUUAUGCAUGAGGAUGUUAUGCAUUCUUUGGUUAGAUGUGAUUAUACAAGGAGCAUUUGGGCACAAUCUCACCUUCCAAUUCCCAGUACUAUCACAGAUAUUUUCCAUGUUUGGUUUAAUGAGAUAUUAAAUAUUCUAGAUGAUGAUGGAACUAUUUUUGCAGUGGGCCUGUUAUAUUAUAUAUGGCGGGCGAGAAAUGGAGCUGUGUGGGAUGCAUGCUUGCCCAGACCACGGAAGAUAAUUGCAGCUGUAAUCGCAGCGACCUGGGCAUGGCAAGUUGCACACCCGGACCGCAUACGGCCCCAGCCAACUCCGCAUGGACCGGCCACGGUAACACCCAUACAGCGCCAAGGGCCGGAAAGGCAGUCUGCUGCCGUGACUGCCGCAGCACACAUGGCCACCUUCCCACGGAUAACUCAUGGAACUAUACGGAAUAAAUGUUUUUUUGAUGCGGCGUAUUUCCAUACCACAAAUAAGGCCGUUGUUGGGGCAAUACUCCUAGACGAACACGGAUCGUAUAUCUCAGCUUUUCAAGCACCGUUGAUAGACUGUUUAUCCCCGCUUAUGGCAGAAACGAUUGCAUGUAAGGAAGUGCUAUCUUGGUUAUGGGAUCGUGGAGAGAGAUCGGUAGGCAUCCUGACGGAUUGUCUGACAUUACAACAAUAUUUAACACUUGCCAAGGAAUCACCUCGUUCGUACCUCGGCUAUGCCAUUGACACUUGCAGAAACCGAAUGGUUUCCUUUGAUUAUGUUUCAGUCAGUUUUGUUCCUAGAUCAGAUAAUUAUUUAGCACAUGUUUUAGCCACUUCGGCCGUUAAUUAUUCAGCAGCUAUGUAUUCGGACUCUGAUCCGCCAGACUCUAUUUCAACGUAUUUCCAAUAA